AUGAGCGUACACUACGAUGUUACUGACUACGUGGAGGCCCCUACCGGGCGUGGUAACCUCCAAUUUAGCGACGAAAAGCAGCAGGCAAGGUUUGAGCUUGGAGUUGCUAUGAUGGUGUACAAAUGGGAUGCACUAGACAUCGCAGUUGAAAACCAGUGGGGAGGACCAGAGUCUGCAGAAAAGAGGGACUGGAUUAGCGGUAUUGUAGUCGAGUUGUUCAAGAAGGAGAAAAUAGUUGAUGUUACUUUAGUGGAGGAGACACUUUUGUACGCUAUGUCAGACGAAUUUGAGACGAAUGUCGAGGACGACUCUGCUCUGCCAAUAGCUGCUGGUAUUGUGUCACUGUACCGUCAAUGUGAGGCCAACGAGUACUCAGAAAUAGAAAAACUUUAUGGUGAAUGGCAGAAACGGAGCGAACGUCGUGCCAGCCACAAGGCUGUGCACGUUGUUGAGGACCCGUCGAAUCCGGACGUUUCUGAGUCGGAGGAUGGUAGUGAUGAAGAAGAGGACGAAGAUGCGAUGGAUAUUGAAGAGGAAGACGACGCGGGAAAAGCAGAUCAAAGGGACGGUCCUAUAGUUGAUGAAAAUGGAUUUCAGCUUGUACAAUCUAAAGGUUCAAGAAGGCGCUAA